ACACACUCUCACACACUCCUCAACCGAGGAAAACAGAAAGAUAGCAACAUGUGGAAGUGAUCCAUGUGGGGUUUAAUACAUGAGCUAACUGUGAAUAUUUGAAGAAUAAAAUAAAAAUAACUAGGAUAAAUUAUAGUUAAUUAAUCAUGUCUUUCUUUAUAAAGAAGAAAUCCGCCUCAGCGGCUGUCGGGAAAGGCGAGAAGUCUGCUGGUGGCAAGCGAAAGGCUGAGAAUCAGGGUGGAAAAGGGCGUCUAAAAAAGCUCAACAAACGCCUGAAUGAGGAGAUCUCCAGCGAAUCAGAAAGCGAAAAUGAUGAAAAGCAGGGCAGAAAGCAGAAGGAGGCGGAGGAGGAUGAGGAGAUCGAGGAGACGCCGCAGGAGAAGAAGCUGCGUCUGGCUAAGCUUUACCUGGAGCAGCUGAGGGAUGAAGAGGAGAAGAAGGCAGAGGACGAGGAGUUUGAGUCUGACCUGAUAGCUGGACGCUUGCGAGAGGACGUGCUGGAGCAGAAAGGCAAACUGCAGAGACUCAUCGCUAAAGAGCUCAUAGCUCCGGAUCCUGCUGAAAUCCGCUUGUUGAGAGGACACAAGCUCUCCGUCACGUGUCUAGUCAUCACCCCGGACGAGAAACACAUCUUCUCUGCGUCUAAAGACUGUUCCAUCAUCAAGUGGGAGGUGGAGAGCGGGAGGAAGGUGCAGAAGAUCGCAGGAGGGAGGAAGGGGACGGAGGAACGGCAUGUGGGUCACACGGGACACAUCCUCUGCAUGGCCAUUUCCUCUGACGGCAAAUACCUGGCCACAGGAGACAUGAACAAGCUGAUCAUGAUUUGGGAAGCUGCUACGUGUUCACACUUGUACAAGUUCACGGGACACAGAGACGCCGUAUCGGGGUUGGCGUUCAGGAGAGGAACACAUGAUCUGUACAGCGCCUCUCACGACCGCUCAGUCAAAGUGUGGAACGUGGAUGAGAACGCUUAUGUAGAAACUCUGUUCGGGCAUCAGGACGCAAUCACGGGUUUGGACUGCCUCGGACGGGAGCGGUGUGUGACCGCAGGGGGCCGCGACCGAACGGUGCGAGUGUGGAAGAUUGCAGAGGAGACGCAGCUGGUCUUCCACGGCCACGAGAGCUCCAUUGACUGUAUUCAGCUCAUAAAUGAAGAACACAUGGUUUCAGGUGGUGAUGAUGGCUGCUUGUCUCUCUGGGCCGUGAACAGGAAGAAGCCGCUGACUACGGUGAAGCGGGCGCACGGUCUCCAUGGCCACGCUGGGCUGGAGGGGCCGUACUGGGUGUCAUCAGUUGCGGCGCUGCACAACUCCGACACCAUAGCCUCAGGUGCCUCAGGCUCCCAUAAUGGCUCUGUGCAGCUGUGGAAGUGCGGGCUGGGAUUCCACGGCCUGGAGCCACUCUUCACCAUCCCAGUGAAUGGUUUUGUGAAUAGUUUGAAAUUCUCCAACACAGGCAAGUUCCUGGUGGCUGGCGUUGGACAGGAGCACAGACUGGGCAGAUGGUGGAGGAUAAAGGAGGCUAAAAACGGACUUUACAUCAUUCCUCUCAAAAGACAGAACAAGGAGACGACGGCAAUAACACAAUAAUACACACUCUGAGGACUGGACUAGAGUUUUGUUGAUUUUUUUUUUUUUUUUUUUUUGGUCAUCUUUAUUUUUCCAUUAUGUUCCGUACAUUAUGUUGUGCAGAAAUCUAAAAAUAAAUUUACAUUUAAGUUCCCA